AUGGAGCCAACUGGAAACAAAUCAUCGCCUUUGCACAUUCCCGGCACGGUUCCCCAGCAACCUGUCAGCGGUUCGCCCAUGAGCUCGUCUUAUGAAAACCAAUGGCUUGCUCCAGAGGAUCAUAACAAGCCUCGUGUCUCUUCACCACUUGCACGCAGUUCCAAUGACUCUUCCAAUAGCAGCAACACUCACAAAGAAAACAGUGGCAAGGAGAAUGCGUCGUCUUCCCAACCUCAGCAACAACAACAGCAACAACAACAACAGCAGCAGCAACAUCCACCUAGAAAGUCGCAAAAGGAUAUGACCAAAGCUGAACGUCGAGCUCUUCAAGAACAACAAAGACUCGAGAAGCAAAAGCGGAUAGCUGCAGGAUUACCAAAGUCGGCCAAAAAAGCAUCCGAGAUGGAAGCCAACAAAAAGCAACAAGGUCAACAACAACAUCAGGGUGGAUCUGGUGCUGGAUCUGGUGCUUCGAGUGGUGCUGCUGGUGGCGAGGAGAAGAAGAAAAAGAACAAGGCACAUGGUAAAACUGAUCAGAAUCAAGUGCCAUGGUUGAUGCAUCUCGAUCCACCCAAACGACCCAACACCAGCACCAGCAACAACAAGGAUUUACAUCCAGCUGUCCUUGCUCUCGGCCUUUAUUUCUCAGAACGAAAGAUUGUUGGUUCUAAUGCACGAUGCGUUGCUAUGCUCGAGACUUUUGCAAAGGUCAUUGAAGAUCACAAGCCUCCAUCGGAUGCCACAUUUGCACGCAACAUUCAAAAACAUCUUGAUCCACACAUCGCCUACUUGCUUGCUACACGACCCAUGUCAUUGAGUAUGCGUGAAUGCAUUCGUUGGCUCAAGAAGGAAGUUUCGGAUAUUGUUGAAGAGGAACCACCAUUGACAGAUGACGAGGCACGAACUCGGUUGAUUGAAUGCAUUGAACGUUUUAUUCGCGAGCGUAUCACCAUGGCCGAUCAAUUGAUUGUUCAAAAUGGACUUCAAAAGAUCCAGGAUGGCGAUGUCAUUUUGACCUAUGGCAAAUCAUCAGUAGUGGAGUCAUUGUUGUUGGAAACAAAGAAAAAGGGUAUCGAUUUUAAGGUCAUUGUGGUGGAUAGCCGUCCCCUAUUUGAAGGCAAACAUUUAUUGCGACGAUUGGCUGCAGCAAACAUCAAAUGCUCGUACCAUCUUUUAUCCAGUGUCUAUGUUGCCCUUCGAGAUGUGACCAAGGUGAUUAUGGGUGCACACGCAUUACUCAACAAUGGCGCCGUCUACUCUCGUGUUGGCACAGCAAUGGUUGCCAUGGCAGCAAGUGACAAGCAAAUCCCUGUCAUGAUUUGCUGCGAGACCUACAAAUUCGUCAAUCGUACUCAAGUCGAUUCGCUUGUAUUGAAUGAAUUAGGCCAUCCCGAUGAUCUCGUAUCCACAAAGCCAAUCUACAACUCAAACCACCAAAGCCAUCCCAACCCCAGCGAGUCAUCUUUAGCGUCGUGGCGUGAUCAAUCCAAUUUGCGACUACUCAACCUCUUAUACGAUGUCACCCCUUCAAAAUACAUUACACUUGUCAUUACCGAAGUUGGUUUGAUCCCAUGUACUUCUGCACCUGUGAUUUGGCGUGAAUACAAUGAGGAAUUUGGAAAACGUACAUAG